AGGGUUCGAUAACUAAUUUGACUCCUGGAACAGUCUACAAAAUCUUCCUUCAUUGUCUGAACUGCUGCACAGAGGCCACCACCAAGCCUGGAGAAGUCAGGGACCUUGCUGUCAAUAAAACUGAAAUCACAACAUCCUCUAUACUUCUGAUGUGGACUAAACCAGAGGGAAAGAGCUCUUUCUAUAGAGUUCAGUGGAAUAAUGGGACAACUGUCAGUGUCAAUGACACAAAAAUAAAUGUCAACAACCUGACUGCUGGUGUCCAGUAUGAAAUAACUGUCACUGCAGUGGCAGAUGAUGGCAGCACUGAAGGACGGAGUGAAGCUGUUUCUCAGUACACAAAGCCUGAAGUAGUCAGGAACCUCAAUGUCAGUGAAAUCACAACAUCCUCUAUAUCUCUGAUGUGGACUAAACCAGAGGGAAAGAGCUCUUUCUAUAGAGUUCAGUGGACUGAUGGAAAUGUAACUGACAGUGACAAUGUGACUGAAGCACAUAUAAACAUUACUAACCUGACUGCCGGUGUCCAGUAUGAAAUAACUGUCACUGCAGUGGCAGGUGACGGCAGUACUGAAGGACGCAGUGAAGCUGUUUCUCAGUACACAAAGCCUGAAGUAGUCAGGAACCUCAAUGUCAGUGAAAUCACAACGUCCUCUGUGUCUCUGAGCUGGACUGAACCAGAGGGAAAGAGCUCUUUCUAUAGAGUUCAGUGGAUUGAUGGAAAUUUGAAUCAGACUCAUAUUUUGAAUGAAACACACAUAAACAUCACUGAGCUGACUGCAGGAGAGCAGUACAACUUUACCGUUGUUUCGGUGGCUGGAGAUCAGAAAACUUUAGGAGAGGCAAAGACGAUUUCACUGUAUACAAAGCCUGAAGUAGUCAGGAACCUCAAUGUCAGUGAAAUCACAACGUCCUCUAUAUCUCUGACCUGGACUAAACCAGAGGGAAAGAGCUCUUUCUAUAGAGUUCAGUGGACUGAUGGAAAUGUAACUGACAGUGGCAAUGUGACUGAAGCACAUAUAAACAUUACUAACCUGACUGCCGGUGUCCAGUAUGAAAUAACUGUCACUGCAGUGGCAGGUGACGGCAGUACUGAAGGACGCAGUGAAGCUGUUUCUCAGUACACAAAGCCUGAAGUAGUCAGGAACCUCAAUGUCAGUGAAAUCACAACGUCCUCUGUGUCUCUGAGCUGGACUAAACCAGAGGGAAAGAGCUCUUUCUAUAGAGUUCAGUGGAUUGAUGGAAAUUUGAAUCUGACUCGUAUUUUGAAUGAAACACACAUAAACAUCACUGAGCUGACUGCAGGAGAGCAGUACAACUUUACCGUUGUUUCGGUGGCUGGAGAUCAGAAAACUUUAGGAGAGGCAAAGACGAUUUCACUGUAUACAAAGCCUGAAGUAGUCAGGAACCUCAAUGUCAGUGAAAUCACAACAUCCUCUAUAUCUCUGAUGUGGACUAAACCAGAGGGAAAGAGCUCUUUCUAUAGAGUUCAGUGGACUGAUGGAAAUGUAACUGACAGUGGCAAUGUGACUGAAGCACAUAUAAACAUUACUAACCUGACUGCCGGUGUCCAGUAUGAAAUAACUGUCACUGCAGUGGCAGGUGACGGCAGUACUGAAGGACGCAGUGAAGCUGUUUCUCAGUACACAAAGCCUGAAGUAGUCAGGAACCUCAAUGUCAGUGAAAUCACAACGUCCUCUGUGUCUCUGAGCUGGACUGAACCAGAGGGAAAGAGCUCUUUCUAUAGAGUUCAGUGGAUUGAUGGAAAUUUGAAUCAGACUCAUAUUUUGAAUGAAACACACAUAAACAACAUCACUGAGCUGACUGCAGGAGAGCAGUACAACUUUACCGUUGUUUCGGUGGCUGGAGAUCAGAAAACUUUAGGAGAGGCAAAGACGAUUUCACUGUAUACAAAGCCUGAAGUAGUCAGGAACCUCAAUGUCAGUGAAAUCACAACGUCCUCUGUGUCUCUGACCUGGACUAAACCAGAGGGAAAGAGCUCUUUCUAUAGAGUUCAGUGGACUGAUGGAAAUGUAACUGACAGUGGCAAUGUGACUGAAACACACAUAAACAUUACUAACCUGACUGCCGGUGUCCAGUAUGAAAUAACUGUCACUGCAGUGGCAGGUGACAGCAGUACUGAAGGACGCAGUGAAGCUGUUUCUCAGUAUACAAAGCCUGAAGUAGUCAGGAACCUCAAUGUCAGUGAAAUCACAACGUCCUCUGUGUCUCUGACCUGGACUGAACCAGAGGGAAAGAGCUCUUUCUAUAGAGUUCAGUGGAUUGAUGGAAAUUUGAAUCAGACUCAUAUUUUGAAUGAAACACACAUAAACAUCACUGAGCUGACUGCAGGAGAGCAGUACAACUUUACCGUUGUUUCGGUGGCUGGAGAUCAGAAAACUUUAGGAGAGGCAAAGACGAUUUCACUGUAUACAAAGCCUGAAGUAGUCAGGAACCUCAAUGUCAGUGAAAUCACAACGUCCUCUGUGUCUCUGACCUGGACUAAACCAGAGGGAAAGAGCUCUUUCUAUAGAGUUCAGUGGACUGAUGGAAAUGUAACUGACAGUGGCAAUGUGACUGAAACACAUAUAAACAUUACUAACCUGACUGCCGGUGUCCAGUAUGAAAUAACUGUCACUGCAGUGGCAGGUGACAGCAGUACUGAAGGACGCAGUGAAGCUGUUUCUCAGUAUACAAAGCCUGAAGUAGUCAGGAACCUCAAUGUCAGUGAAAUCACAACGUCCUCUGUGUCUCUGAGCUGGACUGAACCAGAGGGAAAGAGCUCUUUCUAUAGAGUUCAGUGGAUUGAUGGAAAUUUGAAUCAGACUCAUAUUUUGAAUGAAACACACAUAAACAUCACUGAGCUGACUGCAGGAGAGCAGUACAACUUUACCGUUGUUUCGGUGGCUGGAGAUCAGAAAACUUUAGGAGAGGCAAAGACGAUUUCACUGUAUACAAAGCCUGAAGUAGUCAGGAACCUCAAUGUCAGUGAAAUCACAACGUCCUCUGUGUCUCUGACCUGGACUAAACCAGAGGGAAAGAGCUCUUUCUAUAGAGUUCAGUGGACUGAUGGAAAUGUAACUGACAGUGGCAAUGUGACUGAAGCACAUAUAAACAUUACUAACCUGACUGCCGGUGUCCAGUAUGAAAUAACUGUCACUGCAGUGGCAGGUGACAGCAGUACUGAAGGACGCAGUGAAGCUGUUUCUCAGUAUACAAAGCCUGAAGUAGUCAGGAACCUCAAUGUCAGUGAAAUCACAACGUCCUCUGUGUCUCUGAGCUGGACUGAACCAGAGGGAAAGAGCUCUUUCUAUAGAGUUCAGUGGAUUGAUGGAAAUUUGAAUCAGACUCAUAUUUUGAAUGAAACACACAUAAACAUCACUGAGCUGACUGCAGGAGAGCAGUACAACUUUACCGUUGUUUCGGUGGCUGGAGAUCAGAAAACUUUAGGAGAGGCAAAGACGAUUUUCACUGUAUACAAGUAA